AUGCUACUGCACUCUUCACUGUUUGGUUUUGAUUUUGUUCCUAAAGAACGAAUUCCGGCAUUGGAGACUCCACACGUUGGUCCGGUGAGCUGUGGAAAGGAGCAUUCCCUGGCUGGCUGUCACAAAGGAAGGGUCUUCGCGUGGGGAUGUGGUUCUGAAGGACAGCUGGGAAUUGGAGAAUUUAAGGAAAUAAAUUUUAUGCCUAAGAAGAUAGAAACUCUGACUGGUAUGAAAAUUAUACAAGUCUCCCGUGGAUGCUACCACUCCCUGGCAUUAUCAGAAGGUAAAAAACGUCUUCCUGGAUCUCCUAUGUGUCAUCAGGAAAAGGAUACUAGUUCCACCAGCGUUUCCAGGAAAACCCUGCCAGAAAUAAGCGGAAUUAACCAGUCGCCGACAGAAAAAUGGAUGGCAGUGGCAAGAGGAAGUGCAGAGCAUGAAGUAAGUGACUGAGAGGUGGCUCUGGAAAUUAGAGUGAUAUUUUCAUCUCCUGCUUGUCUGACUGCAAGUUUUUAAAGAAAAGAAUCUGGAGAAACUAUUUCCAUUGAUGUGGACUUAGAAGGCGAGAAGUUAACAAAAAAAGAAUGGAUUUCUUCUUUGAUAACAACACGUCUCAGGGAUCCUCUGCUCAACACUCUUCCAUAUUGUUCUCCACACCAAGAAACUUUAUCGGUCUUCCUUCUGCUCCCAGAGUGUCCUGUCAUGCAUGAUCCUAAGAACUGGAUGACUCUGGUGGUCCCGUUCGCAGAGGCUGUUCAUAACAUGACUGGCCAAUCUUCACAAGUCCUGAAGCAGUGUUGGGCAUCUUUGCAAGCAUCCUCUCUCAACACGCUGGUCCAGAUGCUUAAAACUGCCAUCGCCUCUCACCUGUUUUGUUGGACUGAAACCAUUCAUCACCACAAUGUUAAAGCUCUUCUAGAAGUGAUGAAAGAAGUGUAUAAGGUAAACAAAGCUAAUUGUCAACUACGAAAUACUUUCAACAUAAAUGAACUAUCCAUUUUGUUGAACUUUUAUGAAGAGAGAAGAAGAGUGAUCUGUAGGGAUAAAAACCUGAUACGUACAGAAAACUUCAGUCCCAUUAUUUUCAGUGAUUUUCCAUUUGGAAGCCCUCCAUUUGUCUUUAAUUUGCUCUCCAAAAUUAAAUCAUUGCAAGCUGAUUCCCAUAUAAAAAUGCUGGAAUCAGAAGGGAUAGACUGCAUGGAUUUUGGGCAAAUAAUUCUGCGAGGAAAGGAUGAAUCCCCUCCAUUUACACUUGGAGUCAGACAGAGUCACCUAGUUGAAGAUGCUCUGCGUCAGUUGAGCCAAGCUGAAGUCACUGACCUCCGGAAAACAUUAGUUGUUGAAUUUAUUAAAGGAAUUCGUUCUGUGGGAGAAGGGGUGAAGUCCGAGUUCUUCCACCGUAUAUUUGAAGAUAUGACCAAGAAAGAAUAUGGGAUGUUCAUAUAUCCUGAAGAGGGUUCCUACGUGCGGUUUCCUGUCAAUAAGAAGAGAUAUUUCCUCUUUGGGUUGCUGUGUGGACUAUUGUACAAUUUUAACGUUGUCAACCUCCCUUUACCACUGGGUCUGUUUAAGAAACUUCUGGACCAAGAGCCAUCAUUAGAAGAUUUAGAAGAACUCAGUCCUCUUUUGGGGAAGUAUAUAAUUUCCCCUCAACUAGAUCAUGAACUCACUAGAUCAAGGACCAAGACCAAAUUUUUUCUUACAGGAAAUGAAAGGCUGCAUGUAAAAAGCAUACGGAAGGUGGGAAUCCUAUUUCGCUGUCCUGAAACUUUCAGUGAAAGAGAUUUCUCAAUAUCACUUACAUGUCAUAAUAUUGUGGACCUCCCUAAAUAUUCUACAAUGGAAAGAAUGGAGGAAGCACUUCAAGUAGCCAUCAACAGCAACAAAGGAUUUAUGUCACCCACGGUCACAGAGUGUUAGUGACCUUUGAGAGGCUCAGAUCUCAGGUUCUCUCACCCUUCGAUCCUUCUGUUCUUCUUAGUACAAAGUGUUGACGGAUUUUAGUUAGAAUAAGUUGACAAAUGCUGGGAUAAACAAUAACAUGAUGAGUCAAGGAUAACAUUUUUAAUGAAUCAACAUUUCCUAAUCCUUAAACUUGCUAUGAGAAUGCUUGCUUUUUACUGAAUUAUUUCCUGAACAAUAAUUAUCAUUUAAAAAUAUACUAAAUGUUAAAAGCUAACAGAUAUUUUUAAAAAACUGUACAUCUAGGGGGCUUCCCUGGUGGCGCAGUGGUUGAGAGUCCGCCUGCUGGUGCAGGGGACACGGGUUUGUGCCCUGGUCCGGGAAGAUCCCGCAUGCCGUGGAGCGGCUGGGCCCGUGAGCCACGGCCGCUGAGCCUGCGCGUCCGGAGCCUGUGCUUCGCAGCAGGAGAGGCCACAACAGUGAGAGGCCCGCCUUAAAAAAAAAAAAAAAUUGUACAUCUAAUAAACACUGUCUGCAAAUAUGAAAGACAUGCUGAAGUUCAAAAAAAUAAAACUAUAAACUAAUUCAACAUGUUUUUGAGGCACAUAGAUAUAUAUUUUUAUAUUCUGGAAUGUCUCCAGAGUUUUGAUUUUAGCCAAACAAUCUAUUUGAAAAAUCUAAAUGUUAAGGGAUUUAUUAAUUUAAUGAAUAAUGGCUUAUGCUCAUUGCUGUGUUCCAAGAAGCAUUCUUUAUUUUGGUUAAAGGCUAAUAAGCCCAACAAGGAACUCCCAUUUAAUUACAGUUGGACAAAAAUGAAGAACAUGAAAUAUGUUUUCAGCAUCAUGGUAUAGAAUGAAUUAAAGGAGAGAUAUAAGUAUGGUGGAAAUGAAUUUUGUGGGCCAUUUCCAUCUCAUAUUAAAUUUUAAACUGUAAGCUAUUCUAUAAAUGCCUAUUGUCAUCCCAAACCACACACAGAAGCCUUGUGUCAGUGGUACUUUGGGAAAGGAAGCUAUGGGGUGAAGUUCCUACUGGGGUGCUGAUGUGGAAAGAGGGCAGGCAUCUGAGGACAGACAGAACAGACAUAGAGACUGCACCAAGGACACUAGAAGGUAAGGUGGUUAGUAGAAACAUAAGCCCCCGGCAAAUCCCCAUAGCUAUUUUGGAUAGAUCUAGUUUCUACAAUAAAUGCAAUGAAGGCCCAGAUGUAUUCUAUUUGAAUUUUAAGGGAAAAGGUAACUUCUAAAUCUUAGGGAUCCUUAGGCCCCUGACUUUUGGGUUGUGUUUUUCAGGCCUUUCAACUCCAACAUUACUUUUUCUGUGCAAAUGGGUGAACUGUACUAAACAUAUGAAGAAGAGAUAGUACCAAU